AGCAGCCUGCAGAACCCGUAUGGGAUUCCGUCUUUGUUCCUUUUGCAUCUGACCUCCAUCUCCACCAACACCAUGAGCCGCCAAUUCACCUGCAAGCCAGGCGCUGCCGGCAAGGGGGGCUUUAGCGGCUGCUCCGCCGUGCUUUCAGGGGGCAGUGCCUCCUCCUACAGGGCAGGGGGCAAAGGGCUCAGCGGGGGCUUUGGCAGCCGGAGCCUUUACAACCUGGGGGGCAUCCGGACCAUCUCUCUCAACAUGGCCAAUGGCAGUGGGAAGAGUGGUGCCUAUGGAUUUGGCCGGGGCCGGGCCAGCGGCUUUGCUGGUAGCAUGUUCGGCAGUGUGGCUCUGGGGCCCACAUGCCCCACGGUGUGCCCACCUGGAGGCAUCCACCAGGUCACUGUCAACGAGAGCCUCUUGGCCCCCCUCAACGUGGAGCUGGAUCCCGAGAUCCAGAAAGUGAGAGCCCAGGAGCGGGAGCAGAUCAAGGCUCUGAACAACAAGUUUGCCUCCUUCAUCGACAAGGUGCGCUUCCUGGAGCAGCAGAACCAGGUGCUGGAGACCAAGUGGGAGCUGCUGCAGCAGCUGGACCUGAACAACUGCAAGAACAACCUGGAGCCCAUCCUCGAGGGCUUCAUCGCCAACCUGCGCAAGCAGCUGGAGACACUGUCCGGGGACCGUGUGCGGCUGGACUCGGAGCUGAGGAAUGUGCGGGAAGUGGUGGAGGACUAUAAGAAGAGGUAUGAGGAUGAAAUCAACAAGCGGACAGCUGCAGAGAACGAGUUUGUGCUGCUUAAGAAGGACGUGGAUGCAGCUUAUGCCAAUAAAGUAGAGCUGCAGGCCAAGGUGGACUCCAUGGACCAGGAGAUCAAGUUCUUCAAGUGCCUCUAUGAAGCUGAGAUAAACCAGAUCCAGUCCCACAUCAGCGACAUGUCUGUCAUCCUGUCUAUGGACAACAACCGGGACCUGAACCUGGACAGCAUCAUUGAUGAGGUGCGCGCCCAGUAUGAGGACAUCGCCCUGAAGAGCAAGGCUGAGGCUGAGGCCCUGUACCAGACCAAGUUCCAGGAGCUGCAGCUGGCGGCCGGUCGGCAUGGGGAUGACCUGAAAAACACCAAAAACGAAAUCUCAGAGCUCACCCGGCUCAUCCAGAGAAUCCGCUCAGAGAUUGAGAACGUGAAGAAGCAGGCUUCCAACCUGGAGACGGCCAUUGCUGACGCUGAACAGCGGGGAGACACUGCCCUGAAGGAUGCCAGGGCCAAGCUGGAUGAGCUGGAGGGCGCCCUGCACCAGGCCAAGGAGGAACUGGCCCGGAUGCUGAAGGAGUCCCAGGAGCUCUUGAAUGUGAAGCUGGCCCUGGACAUCGAGAUUGCCACCUACAGGAAGCUGCUGGAGAGCGAGGAGUGCAGGAUGUCAGGAGAAUUUCCUUCCCCUGUCAGCAUCUCCAUUAUCAGCAGCACCAGCGGCAGCAGCUUCAGGCCUAGCUCAGUCAGCGGCAGCUAUGUGGCCAACAGUGGCAGCUGCAUCUCGGGGGUGUGCAGUGUCCGAGGUGGUGACAACAGGAACCGGGCCAGUGCCAGUGACUACAAGGAGACCCUGGGCAAGGGCAGUAGCCUGAAUGCCCCCUCCAAGAAAGCCAGUCGGUAGAGAGGGCUGUCAGCCCCUCCUGCCACCCUGCAUGUAUCCCUAGUUCUGACUCCCCCCCCAUCAUGCAAUCCACUAGCCUACUGUCAGCCCCCACCCCCUCUGUCCCCUGCAAGUCCUGCCCUUGUAGCCCAGGUCUGGCCUCAGUCAUCCCCUCCUUCCAGCCUGUCUCUUGAGCCUCACCAGGCUUGAGGGAGGACCCUGCUGGCUGAUGCUCAGUUUUGAGUCAGCCAGCAGCCCAUCCCUGAGCCCCGCCCCCUACCCCUCACUGCCAGCUCUUCUGCCUAGGAGAGGAGGCACCCCUGCUCCUGCUUUGUCCUCACAGCCCCUCCCUACUGCACCCUCAAUAAACAGCACAUUCUAAAGG